UACACCAGGGGCCAUAAGUCAUGUGCCUUGGUUGCUUACAAAAGAGGACCAGAUUAGGGGUAUUAUUUCAUAGCAUUUUCUAUCAUCUUUCUUUAUAUAAGAGAAAAGCUGCAGGCCCUCUCAGUAGCCAGAACUCAAAUCAAAACAAACAAAGAAUGCCAAAGCUGCAGAGAUACAGAGGAGUGAGGCAGAGGCACUGGGGUUCCUGGGUCUCAGAAAUAAGACAUCCUUUACUAAAAACUAGAAUUUGGCUUGGCACGUUUGAGACAGCUGAAGAUGCGGCGAGGGCCUACGAUGAGGCGGCUAAGUUCAUGUGUGGUGCAAGAGCAAGGACAAACUUCCCGCCGAAUUCAAGCUCGGCAUCGGCCUUAUCGCCUAGCCUUGUGGCUAAGUUGGAGAAGUGCUGCAUUGCUUCUCAAGAGGAGAUGAUAAGAGCUAAAGCAGAGAUGGAGAGAGAGGAGAUGAAGUGCAUGGAUGAUGAGUUUAUUGAGGAGAUGAUAGAGGAGCUAAGAUACUAUGGUUCUAUGGAGAUAUCAUCCUCCUAUUCUUCUUCUUCUUCUUCUUCAACCUCUUGCUCCAAUUCCAUUGUUUGACCUUUAGCAGGUUUUAUGAGGAAAGGCUAACGGGUCAUUCGCAUGGGUCUCUAUUUUGUAAAUUAUGUAUAGUGGAGAAUUGAGAGAGUUGGUUUUUAUGAUUUUGAGCGGCAGCAUCAUCAUCAUCAUUAACCGGUCAGCUUUAUGAAUCCUCAAUCUCCAUUAUAUAUUUAUAUUAAAUAUAUUUGUAUUUUUAUCUCUAUUAGUAUUAUCUUUCAUCUUCUUUUUUUAAUCUUUUGACAACUUGUUUUAUCCAUCCAUUGAAUUUAUCAUCUUUCAACGUAUCUGUUCAAAUUAUUUAAAUUCAAUUUUUAUUAUUUUAUUUUCAAUGGAUGUUUUUUUAAUCAUCAAUUUAACAUAUUUUGUUUCUUUAUACUUAAAUUAUGGUCUGUGAGCAUACAUUUGGCUGUCUGUAAAUAAUAAUAUAACUAAAAAAAUGAUAUUUUUCAUUUUUCACUCAAUUUGAAUGUGCAAAAAAAUAAAAUAAUCAUUUUUUUAAGGAUUUUUAAGGUCAUUUGUUUAAUUUGUAAUCAAUGCGUGCAUGCUAAUUAUAUCCAAUUAAACGACAUGACAAGUUUAACAAAUCUUAUAAUUUUUCAAAAUAUGAUCUCUAACUUCACAAAUCAAAUAAACCCUUAAGUGAAAUUGUGAGGAAGAAAAUGUUAGUAGCAUUUAAGUUGCCCUGAACCGUAUCAUGCAGAACUUAAAAAAAAGAUUUCAUUGCAGCAGAAAAUAUUCUACUUUUGUCUCAGCUUUAAUGCAUCUGCA